UUCUGGUCUGUUUGUUUGUUUGUAUGUUAACAGCAUUUAACCAAGAGCUGAAGACAUUUCAACUUUAUCAAAUAUUUUCAUGUAUAAUAAAUAUUUUAAAUAGUGUUUAACUGAAAUAGUAAGUGAAAGUAGUAGUGAAACUGAAAGUAAAUUCGACAACUAUUUUAUGUAGCUUCACACGAGACAGCUCAACAGCAGGAGAAAUGAGUUGUGAUGGCGACCAGCACACAAUGCAGUCCUCAGAUGAUGUGCUGCCCCCUCCUGGUGACAUCCAGGUCCUGUUGCUGACAUUAGAUUCUGUGUCUCUGAGCUGGAGUUCUCCUCAGGGGCUGAUCGGACCACAGACAUUCAGAGUGACCUGGGGGUGUGAUGGUGAAACAAGCUCAACAAGAGUGAAAGAUGUGUAUCAUCUUAAAAUAAGCAGUCUCAGACCUGGUGAAAAGUACCAGUUCAACAUGGCUACAGAGGGAGAAGAUGGAAGACAAAGCAGAUGGGUCUCAGCAUCCCUAUCCACAGUGGUCCCACCCAGAGUUUUAAAGAUAGACCAUUUGGAAGAGACCUCCUUCACUCUCCACUGGUCCAAGGCUGAAGGGAUGGAGAAAGUUCCACAACGCUUCUUCAUAUCCAACUGCAUCCCAGGAACAGACCCCCUCACAGCCGUUACUGACGACUGCCACAAAACCUUCUCAAACCUGCAUCCUGGCACCAAGUACACUGUUAGUGUUGCAACUGUGCUGAGCAAUGGGGAACAGAGUGAACCUGUCUCUACAACAAUCUGCACCUUACUUCCUGCUCCAGACCAGCUGACUGUUGACUCAGUGGACACCACAUCAGCUGCUGUUAGCUGGAACCAGCCACCAGGAUUGGACCACACCCAACAUCAUUACCAGAUCUCCUACCGCUGUCCAGGGAUAAAACCACACAUCACUACCACAUCUUCACCCAGAAUCACUCUCUGUGACCUGAAACCUGCUACUGAAUACUCUGUCACUGUCUGUACUGUGCUGGAAAAUGGAAAGCAAAGUCAACUGGUGUUAACAACCUUCACCACAGUACCCACUGCUCCUGGCCAGCUGACUGUUGACACCACAUCAGCUGCUGUUAGCUGGAACCAGCCACCAGGAUUGGACCAAACCCAACAUCAUUACCAGAUCUCCUACCGCUGUCCAGGGACAGAACCCCACUACACUACCACAUCUUCACCCAUUAUCACUCUCUCUGACCUGAAACCUGCUACUGAAUACUCAGUCACUGUCUGCACUGUGCUGGAAAAUGGAAAGAAAAGUCGACUGGUGUCAACAACCCUCACAACAAUACUUCCUGCUCCAGACCAGCUGACUGUUGACUCAGUGGACACCACAUUAGCUGCUGUUAGCUGGAUCCAGCCACCAGGAUUGGACCAAACCCAACAUCAUUACCAGAUCUCCUACCGCUGUCUAGGGACAGAACCACACAUCACUACCACAUCUUCACACAGCAUCACUCUCUCUGACCUGCAAGGUGGUACUCAGUACUCUGUUACUGUCUGCACUGUGCUGGAAAAUGGAAAGCAAAGUCGACUGGUGUCAACAACCCUCACCACAAGAUCCUAUCUGAUGGAGCUGUUGUCAAAGACUGGACUGGAAGAUCAUUAUGAAAACAAGCUGACGUUAAGUACUGUCCUUGAGAUAAAUGCUGAUACUACAUCAGAUGAACCUCUUACCACUAUGCAGUCACUUCCAGGGGCCUUCCUUAAGAAAUUAAUUAUGGCAAAUCUGAAUGCUAGGAGUGUCAAAUGUAUGUCCACCGAUGCAGAAGUUUCAUUUCCGGGUACAGACCGUUUUGAGAAUCUAAAAAGUGACUCUGCUAACAGUAAUGUCAUUAAUCCACUGGACCUGAUAACUUCCCUGUUUCUGUGCUCAGAUGGUUUCCUGCAGCAGGAGAUGGUCCAGAAAAUGUCCAUGUGUCAGUUUGCUGUUCCUCUUCUGCUGCCCAACUGUGACACAGAACAAAUCACUUUGAUGCUGUGGGCCUUAAGGGACAUAGUGAAGAAGUUUAGACUCUCUUCCCAAACAGACACAAAGGCUUUUGUGGAGGAGAGAGUUGUUCUCUCUGAUAUUCCCAUGGUGUCCUUUGUUAGGUUAGGUGAGAUUAGAGUGUCCAAGUCUCAGAUCUUGAACAAACUGCUUAGUAACCCUCAGCAGUACCAUGACACAUUUGUUCAUCAUGAUAUGGAAUGUGGCGACAUCCCCCACAGAAUUUCAGAUGGUCUGGUUGAAAUCAGCUGGUACCUUCCAUGUGGGAACAGAAACAUAGACAUCUUCACUAAGCCUGUGGCGGUGGCUAAUCUCAGAGGAGACAUCAGGUCCUUUGAAAAACAGUUCUCCUUUCUGUGUCAAACAUCAGCUGCAGUUUACAUUUUCACUGAUGAUUUAAAGGCAUAUCUCAAUUUGUUGAAAAGCAAAAACACAAAAGCAGAGUUAUUUCUGGUCGUCAACUCUCAAAGAAAAUCGUUCAGAGUAGACACAUUAAAACAAAUGAUCACAAACUGCAGUAUCAAUGACCAAAAUGUGAUUGUCAAGAAAAAGAAAAACGAUGCAGAAUUUGUCAAAACCCUGCAAUCAUCUGUUGGUGACAUCAUUGAAAAUAGUCCAGACCGGUUGACAGUGGAAAACAUGACUGACAUAGCUCGUCACAGUGGGAUUCUGGUUGAUGAAGACCGCCAUGACUGUCAGAGUGCCAGGAAGAUGGCAGAUGAAAUCACCAGCAACAUCAGAGAGACAGUCAAAUUUAAAGACAAACAGCUACCCUUACAGGGGCAAAUCUGGAAAGAGCUUUCCCAGUUGGAGAAAGAGAGAUGUAGACUGAGAAAACAAGGGGAUCAAGACAUUGAACACUGCAGGAGCUCUCUGAAGGAGAAGGAGGAAGAGCUGAGAAAGAAACAAUAUACAUUUUACAUGUCAGAUGCAAUGAAAAGCUUCAUUUUAGGAUUGUCAGGUUCAGGAGCUGAGCGUUCCUAUUUCCUCAAAUGGAUGCAGAUAAAUCUGGACAAUCUGUCACGUCAGAACCUGUCUGCUUUGAGGGACCAGUACAAAGAUCUUUGCCAAAAUUCUCCUGAGAAAAAAGACGACAUUAAAGAUUUGGAUAAGCAAAUAUCUGACUGUUCCUUGGGACUUGAACACUUCCUGCGUGAGUUGGGCCAGUUAUAUGAAGCUGCCUGCUCCCUCCCUGAAGACAGUCCUCAAAGGAAACAGAUGGAGCAGCUCCCUGGAUUGUGUGCUCAGAUGCUGUUGGAUGGUUUCCCCAUUGAGCUUGUGGAUGGAGAUGCAUCAAAUAUCCCUCUGAAAUGGAUAUCAGCUGUUCUGACUCGGCUGCAUAAUCUUGUGGACUCUAACAGCAAAAUCCGGGUUGUGACAGUUUUAGGGGACCAAGGUACUGGGAAGUCCACUCUCCUCAACACCAUGUUUGGAGUCCAGUUUGCUGUCAGCAGUGGAAGAUGCACCAGAGGGGCCUUCAUGCUGCUGAUUAAAGUCAACAAAGAACUCAAGGAGGAACUGAAAUGUGACUUCAUCAUGGUGAUUGACACAGAGGGGUUGAAAUCACCAGAGUUGGCUCAACUAGAUGAUAGCUAUGAACAUGACAAUGAACUGGCCACACUGGUAAUUGGACUCAGUGAUGUCACUAUCAUCAACAUUGCCAUGGAGAACAACACAGAGAUGAAAGAUAUUCUGCAGAUUGUUGUUCAUGCUUUUAUCAGGAUGAAGGAAGUGGGGAAGAAGCCAGUAUGUCAUUUUGUGUACCAAAACGUGUCAGACAUGUCUGCUCAUGACAACAACAUGAGAGAGCGGAAGAAGUUGUUGGAACAGUUGAAUGAAAUGACCCAGGUAGCAGCCAGAAUGGAGAAGAAGGAGAAUAUCACCAAGUUCACUGAUGUGAUGGAGUAUGAUCCAGACACAAGCAGCUGGUACAUCCCAGGACUCUGGCAUGGGACUCCCCCUAUGGCUCCAGUCAAUGCUGGAUACAGUGAGGCUGUGUAUGAUUUAAAAAAGAGCUUGAUGCAAGACUUAAUCAAAUGCCAGAGUAAUGAUGACAUGACACAUUUCCUGAAGUGGACAGAAAGCUUGUGGGAGUCUGUCAAAUUGGAUAAAUGAAUUGUAAGUGUCAGAAACAGCUUGGUUGCAGAUGCAUACACCAGUUAAUGCUUUAAGUACAAUGGUUGGAACGGUCCUUCAAGAAGGACAUUUAUUCCUGGAUAAUGGGUGCUGAAAGCAGAAUAUAAAACAGAUCCAAACCCCCAAAUGAGCAUAUGAAACGUGCUGAAGGACUUGUCCUGUCAUCCCAAUGGUGGAAGCAGUUUAUUACUGUCACUAGGACAGCAGAACCCCUGCCCAUCAGGUUCUAAGUUACCAGUUAGAAUAAUAGAAUACACAAGGUGCAAUUUAGAAAUGUGGUUUUAUAUCAGCUGGUUUUCUCUUGUUAUGUAAGUCACUGACAGUCAGUCAUUUAGCCCAUGUCAGCAAAACAAAGAUUGCUAAGUUAGUUUAGCGGCCAGCUAUCUAAACUAUUAUGGUUGAAUUACCUGCUGGGGGGGCCCUAUUGUUUUUGUCAGUCUAACGCCGAUAUUAUAAUUUAAAAAAUGUAAUUAAAAAAUGAUAUUAUUUUAAAUCAAAUGUAUUUAUAAAGCUCUUUUACAUCAGCAGAUAAUUAUACACAAACCCAGCCUAAAAGCCCAAACAGCAAGCAAUGCAGACGUAGAGUCACGGUGGCUAGAACAAACUCCCUAGAAAGGCAGGAACCUAGGAAGAAACCUAGAGAGGAACCAGGCUCUGAGGGGUGGCCAGUCCUCUUCUGGCUGUGCUGGGUGGAGAUUAUAAUCAUACUGUUGACUACUAUUGACUUGGACUGGAGUAUGAAGACAAAUCUCAACAUUAGAAAAAAUAUAUUCAUAUAAUUUGUAUAAACAGCUGGAUUAAAAUUAAAUGAAGAUUAUGCUCAUUGGGAUGAAACAAGGAUAUAUAUUUACAAGAGGGAAGUGUAACUAAUUAUUAAAGAAAGGUCAUUUUGUUUGUUUGAGCUUCGAUAUUGUAUAUUAUCUUUGGUUUGAUUUAGUUUUAUCUUGUAUAUCAUUCAUGCAGUCUUUGAAGGACUAACCCAGUGAUGGACUAAAGGGAUCCAUAGAUCAGUGCAGACUGUACAUACUGUGAUUGUAAAUAUUGUCCAUUAGAUUUACAUCCAUAGAGAUGUGAUUCUAUAUGUAAUGCUAUGUUUUACACCUUUACAAAAAGCCUCUGAAACAGAUACAUACAUACUUGUUUAAGGCUUUUGUAUGUUUGUAAGCAGAGAACAUCUUAGUCCUCAUCUUAUGAAAGGAAGUUGCAUUAAGGGCUACUUUAGUUGCAUGCAUGUUAAAAUAUUCAUUUCCGUCAUGUAACAAGUUAAUUAUUCCAUUGUUUGUUUAUUUGUCUGAGAUUUGUCAAAUGUAAAGAAUGUAUACACAUCUGAUUUCAUAAAAAAAUAUCUGCAUUAUUUUACUUUAGAAAAAUGCAUAACCAAUGAUUCAUCACCUACUUAAUGAACAUCAACAUUUAUCAUUGAAAUACUUUUUAUAUAUCUAAUUUCAAAAUCCCAGCAUUAUUUUAUUGUAGAAAAAUCCAUGUAUCAUAUCCUAUGAUUAAUCUACUUAUCAUCAUACUAACAACAAUGUAUACCACUUAUCAUUGAAGGACUUUUUAAAUAAAAACUUUUCAUUGAGA